AACUAUACCUAAAUGCCGUGCCUGACCGCGAGUCGCGUGGCGUAGCCAAGCAACGCGCGUGCCAUGACCGCCGCCGCCGAUAGUCUCCGGCGAAACGGUACUAAGGACGGACCGGGGAGAUUCGUCGAACGCGCGAAGAGCGGGAUCGUCGUCGACGUCGUCGCUUCCCCGUGCGCGACGUCGUCCACCCUCGCCGUCGCGAUUGUCCCUGGACGGAAAGAAGGGCGAACGGAUAGACGGACGGACGGAUGGACGGGCAGGCCGACACUGGCCAGGAUUGUCAUCGAUCGCCAGGAGAAACGAUAUCGCGAGUGCUCGGCGAACGAGCGCGCGAUCGACCGGACCCCGUUGUUGUACACUGAGAAACAGAUCGUGAUCACGGCACGCAGCACGGUACGAAACGAGUUCUGACGGCUAUCGGCCGAGAUCCGAUCUGCUGGAAUAACAAUGACACGCGCGUCUCACGCGCGAGCAAACUCCGCCGACGAUAGUCCGUGAAGCCGAGCAGCAGUCAGUCGUGGCGAAGCCCCGACUCUACAUUUAACGUCCAAUUCGGAUACGAAGAAUCCCCCCGAGCGACAUAACCGGUCGUAAUGCAAAGUCGAUCGUGCUCGGGGGGGGAGGAGAGAGAGGCAUUUAUCCGACAGGCUUUUCCGACAAGAGGCGUCUCCGGAAACGAUAAAUUCCUUUUCAAAACGAUCAACGGCGAUCUCGAAGCAGCACGGAUGAUCGAAAUUCUCUUCGUCUUCGUGGGCGAUAACGAUCGGUAGUAGCACGUGCAACGCGCAAUUAUCGUCGAUCUUGAUCCACGAUCUUUCUCCACCAAGCCUAACGAGGUGAUCGAGCGAUAACCGCGAUUCCGAGAGGCGCAAAGGGGAGAAAAAUAAUUCAUCUCAGCGGCGCUAAUUAGCCGCGUUCCGAUGCCAUUUGCGAAGAUCGAGAAGAGAUUAGGAUCGACAGCGGGGACAGCGACGAGGACAGGAUAAUGCAGAAGAUAGCGGUGAUGGCCGCGGUACAGAGGGCCCACGGCUAUCAUAACGGCAGCAAUGCUUACGGGGAUGCAAGUAACGCCCCGCCGGAGUAUAACGGCUCGACCACCAGCAAAAGCGGCCGCUUCGACGCGGAUCUGCACGGCAAUGUUAACAUCCUUCUUGGUGGCGCCAUGAUCAGCGGUGUGAUCAUGAUGGUGGUGCUCAUAUGCUAUUGCUGUCACAAAAACGUCCGGAAGCAUCGACCGCAGGAAUAUUCGCAGUACUGGAGAGCCGAGCCGGACAUUCACAGUCUGGAAGUCUUCACCAUGGACACGCACUGCAUCGAGAGAUCGGCGACGUCUCAAAUCCAUCAGGAAGAGGGAGUGCCCGCGUCUCUUCCGCCGUGUCCCGUGACCUCGGGCCCUCCACCGGCCUACGAGAGUCUCAUCUUUGACCAUCGGGCACUGCCCUCACCGAUCGACAAGAAGGACGAGUCUGAAGAUCCCGGCAGUAUUAUCUCACUCCCGAUAAACAACCUGCCAACCGAAUCGGAGGCCAACAGGAUCAACAAGCGGGAGAAUAUCCCGAGGGAUGAUCAAGGUCUACCCUCCUACGAAGCUGCCCUAAAAUUAGAAGCUGACGGUUAUGUUUAAGGGGCGAAUGAGGAUCACUGGAACUACUUCGAACGAAUCUCAUCAUAAAAAUUUCCAGAGCUCAUAGAUGAAAUGCCGAGUCAUGGAUAUCAAGGGAAAAUUCCAUAAUUGAGGAAUAGGCGAUGGUGAACCAGCUGUGGACGAUAGCUGUCGCCGGCUGAAGUUAAUCCCGAAGGCAUCUGUGAAGUUAAUCACGAAGGCAUCUGUGAAAAUCGCCCAAUCUGAAUGAGGAUGAGGAAUUGAGAUUAAUUCUUAAUUGAGAAAAUAAAAGAAGAAAGGAGAGAUAGAUGGCUGAAAAAUUGUGAAUCCAUUUGUGAAUCAAAGGCGUACUGUGAAAGAGAUUUUGAGUGCAAUUUUAGAAACGUUAAGGAACUAUCAUUUUCUACGUUUGAUUGAAGAUGCGUGUAAAAGAAAUGAUUUAAUCUAAGAGAUGGGGAGAACAGAAAAACAAAUUUUUAGUGAGAUUUACUUUUAUAGUUGUAUGUAUAAAUGAGAGCUAACGAAAGACAUUAUGUUACAUCAGAAAUAUCCUAGGAAACUUGGAACGUUACUUUUCUCUUGCCUCGUUGAAAGAUUCCAAGUAAUUCUUAACUGAUAAAAAAUAACAAACAAAAGAUAAAGUGCCUGAACAUAUAUCUUUUUUGAAAACGUGCGCAAACGAAAGACAAGAUGAAAGAAAAGCUAUGAAGUGAAGCAAUUUUUCGAAAGUACAUACUGUUUUUCUUUCUGUCUUGUCUAAGCAAAGCGACACGUAAAACAUAUUCGAGAGCGACUUUUCAUCGACAAGAGAUAAAAGUUAUUGAAAGACGCGAUAUCUCAUCUUUUCUAUUUUUUGAUGAUCUCUAUGAUUAUGCGU